GCCGCAGCUAGACGGGGUUCCAGAAGGAAGCUGAGCGGGGAACCGUGGCGGCCAUACUGAGUGUUCACUGUUGGAGUCGAGACUCGUCUGUGCAUCGGCGUUUCGGCUCUUGCAGGAGAGAGAUAUGAUGGAAGAAGAGAACCUUCACCACGGUUUGGCCGACGAAGGUACCGAAGCUAGCAGGCAAGAAUACUCCUGGCCUGUGCUUAACUUCAAUGUCCCUCCGCAGCGGAUUUACCAUUUUCAUCAACAGUUCGCGACUCCUACAAACCCUAACAAUUUUCUCAAGGGCGUUAAAUGGUCACCUGAUGGUUCAUCCUUUCUUACGAGUUCCGACGAUAAUACUCUCCGACUUUUCACACUAUGUUUGAUAUUGCUGUCAACCCCUCGUCAUGACAUGCGGAAUCCUCCUGAUCCUUAUUCUGUAGCUACAGAAGAUGAUUCAUUUGCUGCAAAUCUAGUCAUGGUUGAAGGAGAGUCUGUGUAUGAUUAUUGUUGGUACCCCUACAUGUCUGCCUCAGAUCCGGUGACCAAUGUUUUUGCAACUACCACCCGAGACCAUCCAAUACAUCUAUGGGAUGCUAGUUUAGGCCAGUUACGUUGCACAUACAGAGCCUAUGAUGCUAUGGACGAAAUCAUUGCUGCCUUUUCGAUUGCAUUUAACCCUGCUGGGACUAAGAUAUUUGCUGGAUACAACAAAUGUAUUAGGGUGUUUGAUUUACAUCGCCCUGGCAGGGAUUUUGAUUUGCAUUCUACAGUGAAAGAUAACAAAGAAGGCCAAAUGGGCAUUAUAUCUGCGAUGGCUUUCUCUCCAUCUCAUAUGGGGAUGCUAGCUAUGGGUUCAUACAAUCAAAGUACUGCCAUAUACAGGGAAGAUAACAUGGAACUCUUGUACGUUUUGCAUGGGCAAGAAGGUGGGAUUACUCAUGUCCAGUUCGCCAGAGAUGGAAACUAUUUAUACACUGGAGGCCGGAAGGACCCUUAUAUACUCUGCUGGGAUGUGCGCAAAACCGUUGAUUGUGUCUACAAGUACUAUUCUCUAACUACACUUAAUGUUAUAAGAUCAUCAGAAAACACCAAUCAGCGGAUACUGUUUGAUAUUGAGCCUUCUGGACGGCAUCUAGGUACAGGUGGUCAGAAUGGCUUAGUUCAUAUCUAUGAUCUUCAAACUGGGCAAUGGGUUUCAUGUUUCCAAGCUGCAUCAGACACGGUGAAUGGCUUCUCUUUCCAUCCAUUUCUGCCACUUGCAGUAUCCUCCUCAGGACACCGAAGAUUUAUAAUCCCUGACGAUGAUGACAACGAGGAUUUGUGUUUGAGUGGUACCUCUAUUGGCCUCCGUUCAAGACACUUUUCUUUUCUUUCUUUUAUUCUUUCGGGGGGAAUUCAAGCCGUCUUCACUGUUGGGCUAUUUUGA